GCGGCGAGUCGCACACCUCCUAUCUCUCGUAAAGUCCUCCCUCAUGUCUGUCGGAACGCAUUAACAAGAAAAAGCUCCGGGAGGUGAAAGAAACCGAAGAAAGAUACGAACUUCUCUGGGAGAAGCGAAGCGGAAGACUUCCAGAGCAGAAAGCCCGGGACUAGAGCCCCUCUUUCUGUGGGCAAAGCCGUCUGAACUUUUUUUUUUUUUUUUUUUAACCCAUUCCUUUUCUCAUCAAACGGGGGAAAAUGAAUCGGAGUUUUAAUAAGUCGCAGCCUCUGCGAAGUGCUGACUGCAACGCCGUAGAAGUGAAAAGCAAGUAUGGGGCCGAGUUUCGCCGGUUCUCAGUGAAUCGGGUCAAGCCCGGCAAAUUUGAGGAGUUCUACAAACUCAUCCUCCAUAUCCACCGCAUCGCUAACAUGGAAGUGAUGAUCGGUUAUGCCGACGUUCACGGUGACCUGCUCCCGAUCAACAACGACGACAACUUUGUCAAGGCGGUGUCAACGGCUCACCCACUCCUCAGGAUCUUCAUACAGAGACAAGAAGAGGUCGACUAUACUAACUUUGCCACAAACACAGUAACACGUAAGAAGAAGGCAGUGGUUGCGCUGCGCAACGAUGUCAACCGCAAGCGUCCUCACAUCCGCAUUGGCAUGCCGCAGGACUUCCGGCCUGUUUCCUCCAUCAUUGAUGUGGAUAUCCUACCCGAAUCUCACCGCCGUGUCCGCCUGUAUCGCCACGGGUCAGACAAACCUUUGGGCUUUUACAUCCGAGAUGGAGUCAGCGUGCGUGUGACACCUCACGGGCUGGAGAAAGUGCCGGGCAUCUUCAUAUCUCGGCUCGUGCCUGGAGGGUUGGCAAUGAGCACCGGGCUGCUGGCGGUUAAUGAUGAGGUGCUGGAGGUGAAUGGCAUUGAAGUGACAGGAAAAUCCUUGGAUCAGGUAACGGAUAUGAUGAUCGCCAACAGCCACAACCUGAUUGUGACUGUCAAGCCAGUGAACCAGCGCAACAACGUGGUCCGCAGCAGCCGGAUCUCUGGCAGCUCGGGCCAGUCGUCUGACAGCAACGGCUCAACUGGUCACCCAUCUUUGUCCGUGGCCCCAGUGGGAGUGCCACCUUCUGGGGCGCAUGGUUAUCAGGAUGACCUGGAGAGUGACGAGGAUGCAGAUAUAGUCAUCGAGAACAGCCUCAAGAGACCAUCUCAGAGGUCUAAUGCUUCGCUGGCAUCCAGUGCGUCCCGCACACACCAGCAGAUUCCGACAACCACUUCAGGCCCGGUGGCACCUCCGAGCCCUCCCACGCGUCCAUUAUCGGUGGUCUCCACUGCUUCAUUCCACUCCCAGCAGAGUCUAAACGGAGGGUCCCACCACCACCAACACAGCAGCCUUAGCUACCAGUUCCACAAAGACCUUAACCUUCAGCAUAACCUGCACCAGCAGUCCCAGCACAGCCAUCACCACCAUGCACCCCCUCCACAUCAUACCAGCAACCCUGCCCUCCGCAACAGCAACGGCAGUCUGCACAAAAUCCUCAACUCACUGAAAACUGACCCACGACACAGUCUUGCACUUCCCAGGGGAGGGGUGGAGGAGGACGGCACUGUCAUUACCCUAUAAUAGUUACAAACACAGACACACAAACAUCCCAACUGCUCAGAGACUAAACUGGAACAGAUUAAAUAUGAGCAUGUGUGUGUGUUGUUUUUUUUUUUGUUUGUCUGGGUUUUUUUUUUUGUUUGUUUUUUUGUUUGUUUUGUUGUGUCUUGUCUUUUUUUUGUUUGUUUGUUUUCUUUGUUUGUUUUUUUGUUUUGUUUUUGUUUUGUUUUGUCUCUUUCUUUUUUUUUUGUCAGAUACUGUGUAACUUCUGUUUGGUUUUACAAGAUCAUUGGAUAAUAAGAGGUUGCAAACAGGAAAAUGUAUUGUGUAUAUAUUUCUUGUAUUUUUAAAAGUCCUCUUUGUCGUACAUGAGAAGAUUUGUAAGUUUUGUAAUGAGUAUUGGAACAAAUAAUUGUUUUUAGGCAAGUCCACUAUCGUAGAGUUCUGAAUGUACCUACAGCCUGUUAUCUUUGCGUAGUGACCACUUUUUAUUAAGACCCUUUUCAUUUCUUCUUACUGGGACCAACUGGGGUUUGUUUUUGUGGAUGUUUUUAAAGAGUAAAUCUAUAUUUCUUAUAUUCCGAUGAAUGCUGUGUAGAGUAUUUUUUUUUCUGUUUUUGUUUUUAUUAAAUAGGUCUUUUAUGCUUUAUGAUCAAAUCUUUGUAUCUGUUUCAAUAAAUUAU